CCCCCCCCCCCCUUCUUCCGCUCUCUCGGAUUUGCCAGGUCGCAGUCCUCCUCCUCCUUCACCUUCCUUUCUUUCAUUUUCAUCUUCUUCGGCCUGGCGCCAUUUCGAUUCGCUCAUUCACACUCUUUGCAUUCAACGCCGCAGGUACGGCAGAGUGGGAGGUUUCUGAUUGCAAGCAAGGAUGCGUUUGCUGCCGCGCGAUACCAACAUUUACUCUUUGGCCAGCGGCUUGUCCCUGGCCAUUGCCAACUACAAGCCCGUGCCUCAAUUGCCGACCAAUGGCACUACGGCAGCUGCGGCCUUGACGGCUCAGUUGGGCGGGGCCAGCCUUGCAGAACUUGGUGGUGCUGGCCGCUCCUUUCAAGUGCAGACGGGUGCGGGCAGCGGUGCAGCAGGCGGCAGCGGCGAUGCCAGACCAGUGGAGGAGUGGGGAGAGCCGUCGGUGUUGUACGUCGCUCAGCGCAAUGCGUCCACUGCAAAUAGCUUUGCAUCCAGCGGACCCAAGAUCGGGCCUGGCAAUUGUCCCAUCCAAUCGGCCUACACGCCAAAGGGAGGCGAGGAUGCGUUGCCGCCUCCCGUCUUUGCUCCAUUCGAUCCGGUCAAGGCAAACGUGAUGAGGUACAGGCAGCAGAAUGCUGUCAAUAUGGGCGCCUGGUUCGUCCUCGAAGGUUGGAUGCAGUCCAACCUCUUCUCUUGCAGCACGGGCGGCAAGCAGGCAGAGUACGACGUGCUGGAUGGCUUCGGUCAGUCGGCCGCUGGCGUACGAAAUGCGACGGCUUAUAUGGAGAGGCACUGGGACACUUGGAUCACCGAGGACGACUUUGCCAAGCUUGCCGCUCAAGGAAUCAAUUCGAUUCGCCUGCCCAUCGGCUACUGGUCCGUCGGCCCGUACUUCACACGCAACAGCCCUUUUCUUGCGUACCAAGACGUGUACGCUCGAUCUUGGCGCUACGUAGCUCGUGCGAUCAAUUGGGCAGCCAAGUACGACAUGGGCGUUCUGGUGGAUCUGCAUGGAGCCUACGGCAGCCAGAAUGGUCAACCUCAUUCGGGACUUUCGGACGGGAACAUCGAGUUUUACAACGACUACAAUAUGGGUUUGACCACUGAUCUGCUGGUCUGGCUGGCCAAGGAGAUUUCGGACGUGACCAACGUGAUUGGUAUUCAAUUGCUCAACGAGCCUCAGGAUAGGUCAAACCUUUGGCCUUGGUACAGAAAGGCGAUGGACGCGAUGAGAGCUGCUUCUCCCGAAGCAAAGACGGUGCCAUUGUACUUUCACAAUGCCUUUAACCUGGACAAGGGAUCUCAAUUCACAGCAACGAGAAAGGACUUUGUGGUGCAGGAUCAUCACGCGUACUACGUCUACACCAGCUCCGACCAAUCCACCACCGCCAAGGGUCACACCAAAGCUCUCAACGGUGGCAUCACGACUUGGUUCAACAAGAACAGCGACAUUUCUCGUCGCAAUCUGAUUGUUGGGGAAUGGUCUUGCGCUCUAGCACCCAGCAGUCUAGCCAAAUCCUCCACGCCUCAGCAGGAUCAGACUGCAUUCUGCGAAGCUCAGAGGAAAUUGUACACGGACGCUACGGCUGGUUGGGCCUUUUGGUCGUACAAGCUCGAAGGUUGCUCCAACAAUGGUGGUUGGUGCUUCCAGCAAGCGGCCAAACAGUACUUGCCUUCGACGUUUGAUCUGUGGAACUCGGCAAACGUGACCAAGAACGUCUACGCUGCGAUUGGUUCUGCUGCUGGAAAAAAGGAUGCCAACAAAAAGGUCGCGGAUCUGCUCGCGACCAUUUCUGCGAUCCAGCUGCCAUCCGCUUCUUCUCUGAACCUCAAAAAGAUCGUCAGCGGCGGCGGCGGCGACGCGGACGACGAAUCGACGCCAGACGUCUUGAGCGCCAAGACGAGUGCGAGCGCGAGCGCCACCGCACCGUCCAGCGAGACUGCCCGCGUAGGAAUGGUCGUUCACAAGACGCGCAACGUGAACGGCGGCGGAUCCAUAGCAGCGCGCGCGGGCGCCAUGGUGCGCUCUCAGCUCUCUUCUCGUCAAGCCGCCGCCGCCUCCACACCGAGCGACCAAACGCUGGCCUCUAGAGCAGGCUUUUCAGACGGCUUCAAGACUGCUCGAUACUUUGCUUCGAACGCCAAUCUUUCCAAAUUGGGCUUUGCUCAGCAGUACAUGGAGGAUUCUUGGAGCGCUAGAUUGGCCCUGGGCAAGUUGAAGUCGGGCAAUGCGGCUAGCUACAAGAAGCAAUUCAAGGCUGGUCUUGCAGCGGCAGAAGGCGCAAUUCUCAAAGCCGUCCAGGCUGCCAAAUAAGGACCGCAAUCAAAAAAAAAAAAAAGCCUUUUUCCCCUCCGUCUCGUUGAAUGUCACCCCUCAUUGUGAACCCCUUCGUCACACUCCCUCUCUACCUCACACGCGGACUCGCAC